UACCCGGCUCGUGGGUUUCUGCACAAAACCGUGGCCGCGCGCCACCAAGUUCAUCCCAUCCACUCCUCGAUCUCCUCGUACGCCUAUAAAAUCAUACGGCUUCUUGCUCUCUUGGCAAUGCAAGCCAACUGAACGAACUCAAGAACAGAUUCAAACAAUUGUAGCUGAUUCCUCUCUGCUUCUCGUUGUUCUUGGUUGGUUGUUGUUGUAGAAGAAGAAGAAGAAGAAGAUGUCGACGGUGACUCGUGCCUACUUGGAUCAGAAGCUCGCACUCGCCAAGCGCUGCUCCAGAGAGGCGACGCUCGCCGGAGCCAAGGCUGCGGCGGUGGCGACGGUGGCAUCCGCCGUCCCAACGUUGGCGAGCGUGAGGAUGCUGCCAUGGGCGAAGGCCAACAUCAACCCGACGGGUCAGGCGCUGAUCAUCUGCACGGCGGCUGGGAUGGCAUACUUCGUCGCCGCCGACAAGAAGAUCCUCUCGCUGGCGAGGAAGCACUCGUUCGAGGGCGCACCGGAGCACCUCAAGAACACCUCCUUCCAGGGCACCGGCCGCCCUCACCCAGCCUUCUUCAGGCCAUGAGGAACACUGAACUUUCACAGUGACUGAUGGAAGCCUGGAUAAACUGCUACUGCUGCUGAGUUCAUGCGUAAUGGUUCUAUAAGUUGUGAUGUAAUUAGUUUUGUUGUUGUUGAUGAUGAAAAUGAAAUCAAUGAGAACUAGUACUUUGUUUUUUUACCC